UGAGCCGGUCCUGGCGGAGACCCGGAUGUUGUUGCCAGCCUUGCUUCCGGGAGCGACUUCAAUGAGUGUGGAGGGUUCGUUGAUGACUUCGGUCUCGGUGACGGCGACGGGGACGUGUUCCUGAAAGCGCUGGAGAGGAGAACACCAUGUCUGCUGCUGGUGAUGCUCCAGGUCUGAAUGUAACUUCCCAUCCAGCUGAAGUGCAGGCACAGGAUUCUGAACUCAACUCAAAGGAGCCUGUAAUGGCUGAAGCACCUGCUGGAGAUUUUGCAGCUGAAAUUCCAGUCACUAGUAACGGAGAAGAUGUGAAGCAAAUGAUGACUUGUGGCCCUACCCUAAAAGAAACCAGAAUUGUUUCCAGUAGCUAUGGAAAUCCUUCUGAAGGAAUCAUUGAAGCUGAAGCGUAUAGAGGUGCUUCUUUCUUUCCAAAGAGUCCAAUAUUGUUUCCUAGCAAUGCAGCUGCUAGCAGAUUGGCUGAACAAGCACAGGAUAUUUCUGGUCCCGCAGGUGGUCUGAAAAACAGACAGAGUGGUCCAGUUGUCAUUUCAGAUGAAAUAUCCAAAAAUAUUGCUCUAGAAAAGCUUGAACAGAUGAAAAAAUGGAGCAUAAGCACCUACAAGUGCACAAGACAAGUCCUAUCUGAAAAGUUGGGACGUGGCUCAAAGACUGUGGAUCUGGAACUUGAGUCACAGAUCGAAGUACUAAGAGACACGAAGAAACGGUAUGAAAAUCUCCUGCGACUAGCUCGGCAGAUGUCAGCACAAUUUUACCAAGUGGUGCAGACACAGCGACAACUUGGAGAUGCUUUUGGAGAACUUAGUGUGAAGUCACCUGAACUCCAUGUAAGUCCUGUGUCCGAAGAGUUCGGAUAUAAUGCUGAAACUCAGAAACUGCUGUGUAAAAAUGGGGAGACACUUCUUGGAGCAAUUAACUUUUUCAUUGCCAGUGUGAAUACGUUGGUGAACAAAACAAUUGAAGACACAUUAAUUGCAGUAAAACAGUACGAAAAUGCCAGGAUAGAAUACGAUGCGUAUCGAACUGAUUUGGAGGAAUUGAACCUUGGUCCUCGCGAUGCAAUUACGAUUCCAAAGAUUGAACAGUCCCAGCAACAAUUCCAGAUUCACAAAGAGAAGUUUGACAAGCUCAGAACGAGUGUGUCCAUCAAACUGAAAUUUCUGGAUGAAAACAAGAUUAAAGUCAUGCACAACCAGCUCCUUCUGUUUCACAACUCUGUGUCAGCCUACUUCGCUGGCAACCAGCAUCAACUUGAACAGGUGCUCAAACAAUUCCACAUCAAGUUGAAGGCUCCUGGUUCAGAUGGACCUUCCUGGCUAGAGGAACAGUAAUGUCUCAGAACUCAGAAUGAUUGAUGCAGUUAUAAAAUGUUUGAAUUCUUUUUCAUUUAAUGCGGAGUGAGGCAGUUAGUACCCCAGAUUGUGGUCAAUGAUAUAGCUGUUUCUCACUUUUUGCUAUACAUUAAUCUGAAAUAUUAGAUUGAAUAUGAUAAUUUUAUGCAAUUAAAUAAACUUUAUAAAACCAAGACCUAAGAAAAAAUAUUUCUUUUUGUUACAGGGGUUAGAGGGGAAUAGUUGGUCUACACCUACAUUUUUGCACUGAACAGUAACUGUAGAUCUGUUUGGUGCUUUUAGGUCACUACAAUUUAAUUGUUUGAGAACAAGAUUCAGAGGCAUUUUAUAUACAUCCUUUCACAAAAAAAGGCACCUGGGUUCACAAAGCAAGUGAACUGUUAAGCAAAAUAUAGUGUCUUUGCAGAGCAAUGAGAUAAAUGGUGUUAGAAAGAAACACCUGUGCUGAAUGAAAUAGCUGGUUUAGCACUCGAAAUUGCAACCAGUACCGUACUUCCAAUAGACUUUUUUCAGUUAACUGUGUUAAAUGCAAAUCCUUGUAACAGAGUCAGGGAGAGAGAAAUGUAACUUCUAUUACAAAUGCAUUAAAUGGUGACAUAUUAGUACUUGGAAAUGUUUGUGAAAAUUAUAUCUUGUUCCCAUUAACUUUGUUUUCAAUUGACGUCAUUGUUAUUUUCAAAAGGGUGUAACUCUGAUUAAGCCACGACUGGCCUUAUGUCUACUAUUGUGUGCCUUGAACAACGUAUUUUCUGUUCUGUCACAUUCCUGAAGUUUGUGAAACACUUUUCUGUUCCCUAUAUCUUACCACUUCCAAGGGAACUGGGGGAAUGGGCAGGAGGGGGGGGAGAGAGAAAAAUUGCAUUAUUAAUCUCUUGUGAUUCCACUAGCUACAUUUGAUUUUAGUCUUAAUUUGCUCCUGCUCAUGUGUUAAUUCAGUUUCUUUCAUACUAUGUAAACGUUCUUUGAAAUUGAUGCUCCUACAUGUAAUAUUUGGUUUGCCAUUCUGUAAAGCUUUGUGGCAAUGUCAUCUAAGUUCUGUAUGCUGAAUAUUUAACAUUAAAUUAACCUCCUAUUUUAAUGUAAAACAAUUGCUUUAUUUAAUACUUUUUGUCAAUCACUGUUUUGCUGUUGAAGUUAAUAUCCAGAUUGUGCCUCAUUAUUAUAAAUAUUCUAUGUACAAAUUAAAAGGUUCUUGCUGCAAGCCGGGUUUCUGAAUGCUAUACUUUAAAAAUACUAAAACAGGACCAUGGUACUAAAUGGAAUUGAAUGUGCGUCUUUUUCAUUUUGCUUCAUAUUCCUAAGUCUUUCUAAAAUGUCCUUGCAAUAAAGGGCUCUAACUUCAUGGA